CUGAGGGCUUUUUAGGUAAUGAACACAGCUUCGGUGAUUCAGCUCUAUAUCACAGAGUUAUUCACCCUCCUAAGGCUUAUAAAACCAGAGACUCCAAGAGCACCCUUGGUGUUGCCCAUAAUUUUGAGAAUUGCAAUAAGGAAGUCACUUUAGAAUUAUCAGGAUCAGCGGACCAGGGUGAUAACAUCGCUGGUUACAACCAGGGGAGAAGCAGGAACUCUGCGUACUCAAGGAGAACAGAUAGAGCCACCAUGGGGACGACAGCCCCAGGGCACAUUCACCUGCUGGAGCUUUGUGACCAGAAGCUCUUGGAGUUUGUCUGCAACGUGGACAAUAAGGACAUGGUGUGGCUGGAGGAGAUCGAGGAGGAGGCCAAGCGCAUGUUCACCAGAGAAUUCAGCAAAGAGCCUGAGCUAAUGCCCAAAACACCCUCUCAGAAGAACCGACGGAAGAAGAAGCGAAUUUCUUAUGUUCAGGAUGAAAACAGAGACCCCAUCCGGAAAAGGUUGUCCCGCAGAAAGACUCGGAGCAGCCAGCUGAGCUCCCGGCGCCUGCGCAGCAAGGACAAGGUGGAACAACUGGCUGUUGUGGCAGGGGAGAAUGGCUCUGUCCCACGGCGGGUGACCCGUGCUGCGGCUGCGGCUGCAGCUGCGGCAGCCACCAGGGCUGCUGCUUCGCCCACCCCAGAGUCUCCCACAGUGCUGACCAGGAAGCCCAAGAAUAGUGUCACCCAGGGCCAGCUGGUGCCCGUGGUGGAGAUAGGUGCCGGCGAGCGCUGCACUGCUGAUGAGCGCCUCAGCCAGCUCAGUUCUGCCCAGGCUCCGUCCCCAGCUCUGGCUGCAGCCGCAGCUCCAGCAUCUCUGGUCACUGUGAUAUCAGACGAGGAAUCGACACCCAAGAAGUCAGAGGCUGGGAGACUGGAGUCUGUUGCCGUGAGCUCUCUGAUGGCUACGCCCCAGGAUCCCAAGGGCCAAGGGCUCAAAGCAGGCCGGUCCGCCUCUAAGCUUAGGAUUGCACGGACCUCCCCAGGCCCCCCGGACUCACCUGCCUCUCCAGCCUCCCCGUGGCAGCAGCGGGUGCUGGCUCCCAUCCUGCCGGAUAACUUCUCCACAUCUGUGGGCUCCCGUGUGGACCGGCAGUCAGUGCGGCGCAGCCUGCUUGCCCCGGCCUCCCCGGAUCCGCAGAAUGCUCUGGCCCAAACACACUCCCUGGUUGUAAAACCAGAGAGCGCCAAUCGCAGGUCAAGCAGAAGAAUCGCCAAGAAGGCCACCAAAGAGCCAGCUGCCUCUGCCCGCAUCAUCUGUCACAGUUACCUGGAGAGGCUCCUGAAUGUUGAGGUGCCCCAGAAAGUCAGCACUAAGGAGGACCCCAGCAAGGAGGCCGAGCCUGUGGAGGAGGCCAAGCCGGAGGUCCCCAAGAAUGAAGGAAGUACAUUGUCGCCCCACGGUGCCAACAAGGUUGCCAUUAGCACACCUCACUUACAGCCCGUGGCUGGUGGCCAGGAAACGCCCUCCGUAGGGCAGCAAGAGGCCAGAACUGGUCCAGCGGAUGACCCCAAGGAGCCACCCCAGAGUGUCAGGAGGAAGCGCAGCUACAAGAAGGCCGUGAGUGAGCUGGAAGACGAAGAGCAGCCCCUGGAGGAUGAGGAGCUGCAGCCCCCCCGGAACAAGACCCCUUCUCCGCCCUGUCCAGCCAGCAAGGUGGUACGGCCUCUGCGGACUUUCCUGCACACUGUGCAGAGGAACCAGAUGCUCAUGACCCCGACCUCGGCCUCCCGCAGCAGUGUCAUGAAGUCCUUCAUUAAGCGCAACACUCCCCUGCGCAUGGACCCCAAGUGCAGCUUCGUUGAGAAGGAGCGGCAGCGCCUGGAGAACCUGCGGCGGAAGGAGGAGGCAGAGCAGCUGCGCAGGCAGAAGGUAGAGGAGGACAAGCGGCGGCGGCUGGAGGAGGUGAAGCUGAAGCGCGAGGAGCGCCUCCGCAAGGUGAUGCAGGCCCGGGAGCGGGUGGAGCAGAUGAAGGAGGAGAAGAAGAAGCAGAUCGAGCAGAAGUUUGCUCAGCUGGAUGAGAAGAGUGAGAAGGCCAAGGAGGAGCGACUGGCAGAGGAGAAGGCCAAGAAAAAGGCAGCAGCCAAGAAGAUGGAGGAGAUGGAGGUGCGCAGGAAGCAGGAGGAGGAGGCGCGGAGGCUGAAGUGGCUGCAGCAGGAGGAGGAAGAGCGGCGACACCAGGAGCUGCUGCAAAAGAAAAAGGAGGAGGAGCAGGAGCGGCUGCGAAAGGCAGCAGAGGCCAAGAGGCUGGCAGAGCAGCGGGAGCAGGAGCGGCUCCAGGCCGAGCGGGAGCUGCAGGAGAGGGAGAAGGCCCUGCGGCUCCAGAAGGAGAAGCUACAGAGGGAACUGGAGGAGAAGAAGAAAAAGGAAGAGCAGCGGCGCCUACAGGAAGAGCAGGAGAAGAAAGCCAAGGAGGCUGCAGCGGCCAGCAGAGGCCUGAACACAACCAUGGACGUGCAGUCUCCAGCUUGUACCUCAUAUCAAAUGACGCCACAGGGGCCCAGGGGCCCCCCCAAGAUCAACCCGGAUAACUACGGGAUGGAUCUGAAUAGCGACGACUCCACUGAUGACGAGGCCCAUCCCCGGAAGCCCAUUCCUGCCUGGGCCAGAGGCACCCAGCUCAGCCAGGCCAUCAUCCACCAGUACUAUCACCCCCCGAAUGUGCUCGAGCUCUUUGGGACCAUCCUCCAGCUGGACCUGGAGGACAUCUUCAAGAAGAGCAAGCCUCGCUACCACAAGCGCACCAGCUCUGCUGUCUGGCACUCGCCACCCCUGCAGGGCACCAGGGUCCCUGGCAGCCUGACCUACAGCCUGAAGAAGUGCUGAGGCAGGCCCGCUAGCCCCCUGGGCACUCACAGCCUCCUGUCUGUGUCUGUCUGUCCAUCUUUCUGUUGGUCUGGUGUCCUCCUGCAUGCUAGUCCGUUGCUGUGGUUUUAGUCACAUGUACAUAAACAUAAACGUUCUCUGUGUGCUGCAGGUAGGAAGUGGCCCUGGCCUGCUCAGUGGGUGUUUGGGGAAGUGCCAGGCCCAGCCCUGCCUGGCCUACAGGUGGCACUCUGUAAAUACUGAUGGGUUGUUACAAUUUUAGCUUCUAGUGUUUGAGAGCUGGGUUAAUAAAGUCUAUUCCUUCAAGCCUACUGUGGCUUUUGUGAAGCCCAGGGGCCUUGGCAGGCCCUAGACCCUGGCCCUGUGGGGUAUCUCAGGCCACCAGACGGGCUGGAGGAGCAAGGCACUAUUGCUUUGACCUGGGGUGUGCUUCAAGGUUACCUGGGCCCCACCUGCAGAGAUGAUGAUGCCAUCCCCCGGUGACCCCAAGAAACAUUUCUGCUACUCUCAUGAUCAGCCUGGUGAAGAUACUUGCUGUUUUUCUGGGGAGCUUCCUGUUCGUAAAGGGGCUGGGACUUCAGUGGUCUGGAGAACUGGGCUCUUGACACAGCUCUGCCAUUAGGGCAGGCCCUCAGCCCCUUGCUGCAGAUGGUGACGGGUUGAGCUGCUUAAGCAGGAUUAGAAAAGGAUGGUUAGAAAGGAGAUGUCUCUCCAAACUACCUUGGGGCAAAUGCUUGCAAGCAGUUGAGAUGUUUCUCCAGUAAAACCAGGCAGCUGCUAACUAAAUGCUCAGUGCUAAUGGAAGCUGGCCCUGGUCCUGCCCGGAAGCUGCCAGCCCCUUGGUCUCUGCUGCUCCGGCCCCUGGAUUGUGUCAGUGGGCCCAGUCAAGCUACAGCCAGUUUCUGCAUAACUUUAUUAAAACCCAUUCAACAGGAUCAGAUGCCCAUUGGCUGCUCUGCUGAGUGCAGAGUUAAGUAGUUGCAACAGAGGCCAUAAGGCCUGCAAAGCUGGAAGUAUUUCCUAUGACCCUUUACAGGGAAAGGUUUCCGACUUCUACUUUAGGACAAAAUACAGGCUAAAUUCAAGAGUGCUUUAAAGAAAUGAGGAUAUGGUGAACAUAUGGUAGGCUGAAAUCUAGAUUCCACCCAUGCCAACAAAAACAUUUUACACGUCACUCAAAAAUGGUGCACAGUUCAAGUUUGUCCCUUGUGUCCUGUCCCUGGAAACCUGUGUUGACUCAAUUGAUGAGCAUCUUUACCUAAAGUCACAAUGUCAAAAUGGUACUUCUUGUAAGCACAUUUAUAUAGUGUGUCUGAGAAAAAGUCAUUACUUGGCAAAGAGUUCUAGUUGUUCUGCGUCUUCACAAGCACUUGGAAUUGUCAGUAUUUCUCAUUUUAGCCAUCUUAAUAGAUGUGUAGCGAAAUCUCACCUUGGUUUUAAUUUAUAUUUCCCUAAUGGAAUGAUGGUGAAUAUCUUUUCAUGUGCUUAUUUGACAUCUGUGUAUCUUCUUUGAUGUAGUGUCUGUUCAAUUCUGCUCAUUUUAAUUUUGUUUUUUUUUUUCGCCUUUUUUUCUUUUUAAAAUUUUUUGGUUCAUUUUUAAACUGGGUAGUUUUCUUACUGUUGAACUUAGAGUCUAUGUGGUACGGAUACAAGUCCGUUGACAGUGAUGUGGUUUGGAAGAUUUUCUCCUAGUCUGUGGCCUGUCUCUUCACUCACUUAACGGUUUUUCAUAGAGUGACGAUUUUUCUUUGAAGUUCCCUUUACCAAUUUUUUAAAAUAUGAAUUGUGCCUUUUGGUGUCAUGUCUAAGAUAUCUUUGUCUAGCCUCAAUUCUUGAAGAUUUUCUUCCAAAUGUUUUGUAGUUUAACAUUAAGUUUAGAUUUAUGAUCUGUUUUGAGUUCAUUUUUUUAAGUGUGGGGUUUAUGUUUUUGAAGCAUGUGGAUGGAUGUCUAGUUGUUCCAGGACUACUUGUUCAAAAGAUUCUUUUCCACUGAAUUUUUCUUGUAUCUUUGUCAAGAAUCAAUUAGCCAUUUUAGUAUGGACUUAUUUCUUGACUUUGAAUUCUCUUCCAUUGAUCUGUGAGUCUUUUUACCAAUACCACAUGGUCAGGGUUUUCCGACCUUGUAGCUUUUUUGACCUUAUUGUAGCUUUUUGUGUAAUCUUAAAAAUCUGGUAGUGUGAUUCCUACAAUUUUAUUCUUUUAAAUUAUUUUGGCUUUUCUAUCAAUUUUGCCUUCCUAUAUACAUUUUAGAAUCAGCUUAUCUAUACAAAAGCCCUGCUGGGAUUUUAACUGGAAUUGCAUUAAAUCUAUAGAUAGUUUUGGGGAAAAUUCACAUAUUUAUGAUGGUGAAUCUUCUAAACCAUGAACAUGGCGUGACUUCAUUUAUUUCA